AUGUCAAAGAAUUACACGGAUUUUUGGUCGGAGGUUGGAAUCAAGUUCUUCGAGCAUUGGCCGGAGAGAAAUCCGAUCUUUGGCGACUUGCCAGAAAGUGAAUUUACGCCCGAACAAAGCACUGCCCUUGCAGACGCUGUUGCAGAACGUAAAAAACAGAUUGCCACCUGGUUUAGAUGGCAAACCAACCCAUUGCGCCUGGGCCGCAGGAGCGGCAUUAGGGGGCUGGUGGUGUCGCUGAUGAAAGGCACUCGAGCUCCCCAGAAAAUGGACAUCUACUCAAACAAGUUCUACAGCAAGAAGAUCAAGCAUGUUGCGGACGAGGCCAUUCGAGUGCAGAGUGUUACUGAGCGAGGUCCAAAAUUGAACAAGCGCCGUGAUGUUGUACGUCAGAUGUAUGAGAAGGAGAGUAAAGAAGUCAAGGCAAAAAUUGAAAAGAAGUACUGCCAAAAGCAAGGCGAGUCACCGAAAGUUGACGAUACCACCAAAAUAAAGGCAAUUCAUGAACUGGGGCCCAUGUUGGACCGCAUCCUCCAGUAUCUUGCGCAUAUAACUGGCGGGUGGAAGUUCUCUGUUUUGAUGGGGGGGCAUGAUCCAAGCACAGGCGAAGUGUCUGUCUUCAAUUACCAUGUUGGGGAAUUGGAGAGUGGCGCGCAGUUUGACCAAGCAUUCAGUAACUUCAAUUCAAUGCAAAGCGCUUUCCUGAGCUUCGUCAAGGAUGCUAUUGCAUUUGAAUCAAUGUUGCCGGAGGAGGGAGAUAACGAAAGCGAUUCUGAUGUCAAGGGCGAUGAAGAUAGUUCCUCAAGGAGGCGAGCCUGA